AUGCAGAUCGGUGACACAGCAUUUGGACAACUUGCCCGUACGUUGACCCGAGGCAGGUUCUUCCCGCACCUCGAAACCGUCUCUGGCGGUCCAGUCGGCAACGAUAAGGAAGAUGACGCCUCGCUCGAGCACGGCGAUUCCAGCAAGCCUGCCUGGCUCGAAUGGGCUGCAAUCUGGGGCUCGCGUUCAGACACCACGCCUUCCUCCUCGGCCUCCCACAUCGAUGGUACUCGGACGAGCCCUUCGGGCGACGAUCCCGACUCUGACAAUCGGGUAGGCUGGUACGGCGAAGCCGAUCCUGCAAAUCCGCAGAACUGGCGGUCCUCGCAAAAAGCCUUUGUCGCCGGGCUGAUCUGCGUGUACACCUUUGCGGUCUACCUCGGCUCGGCGAUCUACACUCCCUCAAUCUAUGGCGUGAUGCAGCAGUUCAACGUGUCGUACGCUGCUGCCAAUCUAGGAUUAGCUCUGUUCGUGUUCGGCUACGGUGCGGGAGCAAUGGUCUUUUCGCCGCUCUCCGAGAUCGCUUCGCUGGGCCGCAACUGGAUCUACAUCAUCACUUUCACCAUCUACCUGGCCCUCUCGAUCGGCACUGCAGUAGCACCCAACUUUGGCUCGCUCAUCACGCUAAGGCUGCUCGCUGGAUUUUUUGGAUCGCCGGCGCUGGCCACAGGAGGUGCCACGCUCCAGGACAUGUACAGCAUCCUCAAGCUUCCGUACGGUAUUGCGCUCUGGGUGGCUGCCGCCAGCAUGGGACCAGCGCUGGGACCUCUCACGGGCUAUGCCGUAGAGGUCAAGACGUGGCGCUGGCCCCUUUGGAUCCAGGUGUGGCUGUGCGCUCCUGUGCUCAUCCUCAUGUUCUUUGCCAUGCCCGAGACCAGCGCGCAGAACAUCCUUUACCGUCGUGCCAAGAGGCUUCGCGCCGCGACGCAGUGGAAGGAGCUACGAUCUCAUUCCGAGGUCGAGCAACAAUCGCUCUCGCUGCGAAAGAUCGUGGUCGAGUCGCUCGUACGGCCGAUCCAGAUCUCGAUUCUGGAUCCAGGCACCGGAUUCAUGAACAUCUAUGUUUCUUUGGUAUACGCUAUCUAUUACAGCUUCUUCGAGUCCUUUCCACUCAUCUACCCGCCGCUGUACGGCUUCGGAUUGGGAGCGACCGGGCUCACUUUUCUGAGCGUGGUGGCGACGACGAGCCUAGGAGCGGCGGGCUACAUGCUCUACGUCUACUACUACGUCGAGGCCAAGAUUCGUCGCACGGGCGAGUUGCCCUCGCUAGAAUCGCGCCUGAUCCCCGCCAUCCCUGCCAGCGUGCUCAUGCCCAUUGGCCUGUUCUUGUUCGGCUGGACAUCGCGCGAGUCGGUACAUUGGAUAGUGGGAGUCAUUGGCGUGGCCAUCUACAGUCUAGGGUUCUACGUCUUCCUGCAGUGCGUGCUGCUGUACAUCAACAUGAUGUACCCCAAAUACUCGGCUUCGCUUCUGGCCGCCAACGACUUUUGCCGUUCUUCGCUGGCGACUGCCUUCAUCAUGGCUGGACGUCCUCUCUUCAAGAAUCUUGGCAUCGGCGGUGGAGUGUCGCUGAUCGCCGGCCUCGCGUGCGUGUGCGUGCCGCUGCUUCUGCUCCUCUAUCGAUUUGGGGCCUAUCUAAGGAGCAAGUCCAAGUUCGCAGGCAUGUCAGACGCUUCCGUUCCCCCCGCUUCCAAGGCGUAG